CGGAGGUGGAGGAUGAGUAUCGUCUUAGGGAUCGCAUCGCUGCCCGAAUUCAACGGCUUAGACACGGAAGCGUUGAUUCCCAGUAUGAGGAUGACCUGGGAAGCGAGGCUCUUGUGAAAUUCAUAGAUGCGCGACAGCGUCCCAACGAUGAUGUUUAUGACAAGGAUACUUAUAAGUGGGCGAUAUUGUAUGAAAAUCAGCGAGGGUGAGUGCCAAGAUGUAUUGAUGACUGCGUCUUUUGGAUUAUCUUUGGGGUAGAGCCACAUUUUUUGGAUCGACGCGAUAUUCUGCAUCAUCUCUCCUCCCUGGCGAUCCACCUCCAUUUACAUUGGCUCUUAAACCAGGCGUCAAAGACCGUAGGCUUAUGUUCACCCCCCACACCUUGAAGGAUUUCCAACUUCCUGACCCGACAUGGAUGUGGGUAUCGAGAUGCUGGCUUGUCCAGAUGGGGGGAAAUGGAGGCUCGCACGACGGUUUUCAGUAUAACUGGUGUUUCCGACAAAAAGGGUGGAGACCCUAUCCGGGGAAAUUCAAUUCAGGAGGAUGGGUUCGGCGGCGCCGAUGGAUCAGGCUGAUGAUGCGACCAGCGGAUCCCGAAUUCAUCCCGAUUUCUACAAACAAAUUUUUGUCGAAUGCAAGACCCGUUUCAUCCUGGACGGGUGAUGUGGGGAAGGACAUUGUCCAUUGUCGCCGUAUUCUUCGGCAACUUGGUACCGAUGGCCGGAAAAUUGCAACGUGGCGUCGGUGGCUGAAAGUGGAUGAACGCCAAUCAAAAGCAUUCGGGAAAACUAAGCGCAAAGCGUCUGAAGAAGACGAUGAAGUAUACCCAACUGUUGCAUUCCCCAGCGGAAGCAGCGGCUAUGAGGACCCUGAAGACGAUGUCCCUCAGGAAUGGGAAUGGGCUGUCGCCGUCAUUCGUUGCUUUACCAAAGACAUUCUUUUUACUUUCAUAUAUCCAGAAUCGCGCGCGCGCUUCAUCCGAAUGCUUCAAGGCCUUGAUUUGGACUCAAGGGAGCUGCAGCACUAUCUGGAGAUUGACUUCUGGGUCCUUGCGCACCUCCAACUCUAAGGUUCACGAGGCAUCUACUUUAUUUCCACUGCUCACAUGGACCUUAAUACCUCACUGAUCGAUAUUUGUCUGCAUUCGUGUAUAUAAUAU